ACAACCGCACCCUUUAACCCCUCAGCCUCGGGAGGGCCAUUUCCGCUCCCGCUCAGUGAGGCGAGGGCUGCUUGUGGCUGUUCUGUACCGUGCGGUGGGGUGAGGUGAGGUGAUCUCAUGUCAUUUUGCCUCAAGACAUCUGAACUGCCACCCUGCCAGCAAUGGCACACAUCACAGUGAAUCAGUAUUUACAGCAGGUUUUGGAGUCCAUCGACAGCAGAAAUGGCGAAUCCUGUGCUGAAUUCUUAUCAUUUAAACAUCCUCACAUUGCAAAUCGUAGGUUACAGUUAGCAAAUCCAGAGGAGAGAUGCCAGCAGAUUCUCGAGCCUCCAUAUGAUGAAAUGGUAGCAGCUCAUUUAAGGUGUGCUUUUGCUGUUGCAAAUCAUGAUUUUGUGGAGGCAUAUAAAUACCAGACAAAUGUAGUGCAAUCAUUCUUGAAGGCCUUCCAGGCUCACAAAGAGGAGAACUGGGCCUUACCAAUUAUGUAUGCAGUAGCUCUGGACCUGCGGAUCUUUGCAAAUAAUGCUGACCAACAGUUAGGCAAGAAAGGAAAGGGCAAGAUGGGAGAUACGCUGGAGAAAGCUGCGGAACUACUGAUGAGCUGUUUCCGGGUCUGCGCCAGUGACAACCGUGCUGGAAUCGAUGACUCUAAGAAAUGGGGAAUGCUAUUUCUCGUCAAUCAGCUGUUCAAGAUAUACUUUAAGAUCAAUAAGCUCCAUUUGUGCAAGCCUUUAAUCCGAGCAAUUGAUAGCUCCAAUCUGAAGGAUGAGUACAGUAUGGCACAGAGGGUGACAUACAAGUACUAUGUUGGAAGGAAAGCUAUGUUCGACAGUGAUUUUAAGCAAGCUGAAGAAUAUCUCUCAUUUGCUUUUCGGCAUUGUCACAAGACCACCCAGAAAAAUAAGCGGAUGAUCUUGAUUUACUUGCUACCUGUAAAGAUGCUUCUUGGACACAUGCCAACAGUACUGCUACUGCGAAAAUAUGAUCUCCUGCAGUUUUCAGAUGUCACCAAGGCGGUUGGUGAAGGGAACCUUCUGCUCCUGAAUGAAGCUUUGUCAAAACAUGAAGCUUUCUUCAUUCGCUGUGGAAUCUUUCUGAUACUUGAAAAACUAAAGAUAAUCACAUACAGAAACCUUUUCAAGAAAGUGUAUUUAUUACUUCGAACACAUCAACUGCCACUUGAUGCUUUCCUGGUUGCUCUUAAAUUCAUGCAAGUGGAGGACGUUGAUAUCGAUGAAGUCCAGUGUAUUUUAGCAAACCUCAUCUACAUGGGACACAUUAAGGGUUACAUCUCUCACCAACAUCAGAAGCUUGUGGUCAGCAAACAGAACCCUUUCCCUUCUCUGUCCUCUGUGUGUUAGCUAACUGAGGCCAGACAUUCAUGUAUUCUCAUUCCCAGCAAUUCCUGAACACAUUGUGGUGGCUAGUGGUCGCAUUACCAGCAGCUGAAUUUAAAGCUGAGGAUUCAUAGACAGUGUUGGUUUUACAUCUCCUGAUACUGGCUUGAAGUAAUUUUGUAUGUCUCAUUAAGGAUGCAAGUAUAAAGCAAAAGUAUAUUUUGUUACCAUGUUAAGUGACACAGACGCUGUAAUAAACUUUUUAAGUAAAGCAUGGUUUUUGUUUUGCCUGGUCACAGAUGAGUUUCAAUUAAACUAUUUCUAAAGGAGUACAGUAAUAGCUAAAAUAUUUCAAAUGAUCAAAUAUUGACAUUUGGUAACCCUGCUCCUUUAUCUAGAACAUAAAUUCCAGAAGAGGGAAAACAGGAAGGCUAAAGGAAAGCAUGAGGUUGCUCGGGCAGACGAGGUGAAGCAGAACCCCAAGGGUUUCUACAGAUAAAUUAAAAGCAAAAGGUUUCCAAAGGGACAAAAAUGGUCCACUUAAUCAAUGUGGUAAUCUGUGUGUAAUGCCAAAAGAGAUGGGCAGAUCUUAGAUGGAUUUCUUGCAUCUGUAUUUACUUGGGACAUGGACACAGAGUCUAUAGAACUGAGGCAAAACAGCACUGAGGUCAUGGACCAUAUAUGAAUUACUGAAGAGGCAAACUUGCUGUUUUGAGGCAAAUUAGGGUGGAUAAGUAUGUAGGGCUGACAAGGUGUCACCUCAGACAUUGUGGGGAGCCAGUGAAGAAAAUGCAGGGACACUAGCACAGGUAUUUAAAAUGCCCUUAAUUACAGGUGAGGUGCUGGAGGACUGGAGGACAACUAAUGUUGUUCAAUUGUUCAAGAAAAGCUCCAAGAAUUAGCCGGGAAUUUAUAGACCAGUGAGACUUGAAUCAGUAAUUCCUAAAUUAUUGGAAGGUAUUCUAAGUGUUACGUACCCCGUAACUGGGUUGCCAAACCAGCAGAAAUGGAUCACUCAGUUGGAGUCUGGAUUACUAGAUCUAAGAAAGUUUUAUUAAAGAAACAAGCAACACAGUAAUCAAAAGGAUAAUAAAUGCAACAGUUCAGCAAUGAUAAACACACAUGUGCACAGAAUUAAGAUAACAGGAUCAAUCAAGCUCUAUCGUUGUCUAGGGGUAAAUGACCAAUUUCAAAGUGACACAAAGUCCAGUUCAAUUUAAUUCAGUUCGCAGUAAUCGUUGCCAUGGCGUUGGACAGUGUGGGGGGGAAGGAGAGAGAGAACAAGAACGAAUGAUCAUUCAAAACGGCUUCCACACACAGACCUGCGAUAUUGCUCACAAGCAGCUUUCGGGCGAGUCCUUUGUGAUGUCACCUGAGGUCACUGACUGUGACCCCUCCUCCAGAUGUGGUCGAUCCUCUGCAGUGAACCUGGCACCCAAGCAAGGGUGGACACACACGGGGUUCCCGCUGAUCGUACCUUUCCACCCUGUGCGCCUAUGGCUUGGUUCCACACCAGCCUUCCAAACGACUCCCACCGACUUGCAGGGGGGCACCGCUUCCAGGGUCUCGUUACCUCGUGGUGUCGUGUGUGCUGCCUUAGCGAGCCUGUCCCUUUUUAUCCCCCUGCUGGGGUAUCGCCUGUCCAUCACUUCAAACAGUUCAGGGUUCAAAGGGGGGAGCCGCUCCAGACAGCUCUCUCUCCCGUCCCUUCAUUACACAUCUCCAAAUGCUGCUCCAUUGUCUUCAUAAUCUCUCUCUCUCCCGAAGACAGGUGGCAGACCAACUGCUGAUCACACAGGACAGCUACCAUCUAUGUGUAUUCUUGUCACAUAAGAGACUGAGUAUUUAAGUAGACGGGGCCUGAUUAGGGAUAAUCAGCAUGUCUUUGUGCAUGGUAGGUCAUGUUGUUCUAUUUUUAUGGAGUUUUUUGAGAAGAUUACCAGGAAAAUUGAUGAAACAAAAGGCAGUGGAAGUUGUCUACAUGGACUUUGACAAAGUCCUACUUGGUCAAGAAGGUUCAAUUGUUUGGUAUACAUGUUGAGGUAGUAAAUUGGAUUUGACAUCAGCUUUGCAGGAGAAGUCAAUGAUUACCUAUCUGACCGGAGGCCUGUGACUAGUGGUGUGUCACUGGGAUCGGUGCUAGGUAUGUUGUUGUUUGUCAUCUCCAGCAUAUCAAUGAUCUUGAUGUAAACUGGCUCACCAAAUUUGUAGCUGACACCAAGAUUGGGAACGUAGUGGACAGUGAGGAAGGUUAUCAAAGCUUGCAGAGGGAUCUGGACCAGCUGGAGAAAUGGGCUGAAAAAUUGCAAAUGGAAUUUAAUGCAGAUAAGUGCAAGGUGUUGUACUUCAGUGGGAUCAACCGGGGUAGGCCUUACCCAGUGAACAGUUCGGGCACUGAGGAAUGCAAAGCGAUCUGGGAAUCCUGGCCCAUCAUUCAUUGACAGUGAUGGUACCGAUAGAUAGGUUUGUAAAGAGAGCUUUAUAAGUCAGAAGUACUGAGUAGUGGAGUUGGGACAUCAUGUUGAAGUUGCAGGAGACGUUGGUGAGACCAAAUUUGCAGUAUUGUUUGCAUUUCUGGUCACCUGCUUACAGAAAAGAUAUCAAUAAGACAAAGAGUGCAGAGAAAAUUCACAAGGAUGUUACUGCAAUUGGAGAAUCUGAAUUAUAGGGAAAGUUGAAUAGGUUAGAACUUUCUCCGAUGCCCCAGGGAAUAAUAAGUCAGGAUCUCAUAAAAUUAUGAGGGGUACAGAUAGGCUUAAUGCAGCAGGCUUUUUCCACUGAGAUUGGGUGAAACUAGAACUAAAUGUCAUGGGUUGAGGAUGAAGUGUGAAAUUAUUAAGGGAAACUUGAGGGGGAACUUCUUCACUCAGGGAGGUGGGAGUGUGGAAUGAGCUGCCAGAGGAAGUGGUGCAUGGGGGUUCAAUUUCAAUCUUUAAGAGAAGCUUGUGCAAGUACAUGGACUGGAGGGGUAUGGAGGGCUCUGUUCUAGGUGCAGGUCAAUAGGACUGUGCAGAAUAACAGUUUGGCCCUUUGCUGUGAUCUUGUACUCUGACUCUAUAAUUCAUACAAAAUGGGCUGUGAACUUUGGUUAAAUUUCCCUUUAUGACCAAUCCAUUGUCUCCUCACUUAACUUGCAUUACUAUGCUCAAACAUUAUUCACUAAGCAGCUGGAGUAAUGAUUGUGUGUAAGUGCAAGAGACUUGAUGUUUCUAAAGGUGCACGGUAUCUAAAUCCCAGCUGAUCUGUAUGUACACCUCUCACAGUUCAAGUGACAUUUGGAUGGAGGCAUCUGCCCAACUGUAAUGUAUCUCUGAAAAGUAACUUUAUGUCAAAAGUUGUAUUAUAUUUGCCAGUGCAGCUAUUCAAACCUGACAGCCAAUGCAAAAGAAUCUUAAAAGCAAAUUGCAUCCCGGAAAUGGGGACACCUGGAAUGGUUACAUUGGAAUUGAAGUUUACCAUGGAACCAACUACAUCUAAUGGAUCACCACAGUAUCUACUCUAGCUUUUCAGCAUGUGGGUACUUCCUUCAAAUUAAACUUGUAAAAAAUGUUUUAAAUCUUCUGAAUACAAUCCUUCUAAUGUACCAAGGAAGUGAAUACAGGUCCUCCCUAGUUUACAAACACCUAACUAACAUGUAGCCUGUACAUGUGUUCCAGCAGAAUGGACUUGCGAGCUGCAGGCAUCUUCUGCUGUGUAGGCACUCUGUUCACAGCACAUUUCUGACUUGGGAACUGUUUGGGUUACGAUCAGUUCACAGGAAGAGAACCUUACUGUAUCAUGAAGAGGACCUGCUGUAGCAGUUCUUUUGUUUAUCUACAAUCAUUUCAGUUCAUCAGAAUCUGGUUAGGCAGUCGUCAGUCCAUUAUCCAAAAGAUUUAAUAAAGUGCACUAAGAGUUUUAAAAUAGUACCCAAUAUUUUUGAAAACAAAAUUUAAGUUAUUCCAAAGCUGACCAAUUUCGAUGCCUUAUGGAAGUUUUCAUAUUUAGAUAUAAGCAAAAUGAGUCUGAGCAGAGGCUGAAUGUAGAAGUUCUUUAGAAAUGGCAUGAUGUUUGUUACUGGACAUUGAAUGGACAUCUUGUGCCCGGAUGUUGAGUGGAAACUCUGUAUAAUUGAAGAAAAUGUUAUCUGCUUAUUCUUGAAAAUUAAAAAAAAGUUGC